UUCUUGAAACAUGCUUUAAUAGAGAAAGUAUGCAAUGCAUACUGCUCUGCUACAACCCCCCAUUAUACUGCAACUGGGGUAUUCGUGACUGGACGUCUGGGGGGAUCACACACAUUUCCGAUUAGAGGAGGAGGGAGAGAGAGAGCGAGAGCGAGAGAGGGAGAGAGAGAGAGAGAGAGAGAUUACCCUUUCAUUCCAGCCAAUGAGACGGUCGAUACACUAAGAUUUUCAUAGUUGUGCAGGAGCACAAAGUGAGCUGACUGUGUGAACUUCCAGGUAAAACUGCAAACCGACUCAAGCUCCUGAUACUCAGGUCUUCUCCUCUUUAAGCCCUCGAGGCCGCUCCUCCAGGCUUUGAUGCCCGCACUCUUUGAAGGCAGGUGGACAGACACAAGCAUGAGUAACAGUGGGACCAAAGAGCCGUCUCCCCAGCCGAGCACUGCCCAGUCACCUCCUGAGCCCCCGCGCAGGGGGAGGGGUCGGCCACGGAAACAGCAGCAGGAGCCUGUUGGACCACCGACUCCAAAGCGACCGAGAGGAAGACCGAAAGGCAGCAGGAACAAGGGCCCAAGACCUGCACUGAAGAAAGCAGAGCCCGUUGGGGAGAGACGACCACGUGGGCGACCAAGGAAAUGGCCUCAGAAAGUAGUUCAAGAAGUAGCUGAAGAGCAGCAGGGCCCUUCAGAAGAGGCUGAGGAGGGUCCCUCACAGCCCUCGUCAUCUCAGGUUCCAGUGCAGGAGGAAGGGGAGUAGAUAGGACACCUCUCUACCUACCUCAAGGUUUGGCCUCAAACAAACAGGGGUACAGUCUGUCUCCUAUCUGUGAUGGGGAUUCAGGAACACACACACACACACACACACACACGUACAUACACAAAAUCAUUGCAGACAGUGGUUUCUUCUCACACUCUACUCUGGAUUUGUUGGUUCGCUGUAAUAGUUUGGUGAACAUCUCUGUUUUAACGUUGAAGAAUUUGAUCAUCGGAGGGGGCUUUUUUUUUUUAAAUGUAAUAGUUUUCAUAUUUUGGGAAAUACGCUUUAACACUCUGCAAGAAAACUAAGAAGCAUAUCUCCCUAAGUUGUUGAACUAUUUGUUUAAGGACGCCUGUUUUCCUGAACCCCCUCAGCGGGAGUGUGUGUGAGUGUGGUGGUUGUGUGGAGGGGGACAGGUUUUGCAGGCGGCCGGGAGGGUGGAGGGGGGUUUAAGAAAAAGGGGAGGGGGGAAGGAACCAAACAGAACCGUUUUAUCGAAACAUGUUUCUGACAAGUGUCAUGAAUCCUCAUAUGAAACAGGAGCAAGACGGUGACAUUUCUUGAGCAAAGUUACAACAUAAACAUGGUGCGCUGAAGUCAUUAUCAUGAAAGUAAAUGUGAAAGGUUUUAUUCCAAAAUGAAAGAAGGGGGAAAAAUAUCCUGUACUCUUUUGCAUUGGAUUACAAUAGCUCAAAUGUCAGUGUAAGCAGAAGUAUUCAGAUUAAUAACCUCAGAGACAUGGGGUUUUUUUCCCCUUCCAAGCAGCAGCUAAUUUCAGAAUAAAAGCGCCCAAAAAUUUAGAUCUCAUUUUGGAAAGAACCUUUCACAUUAUACAGUCAACAACAGUGUUGACGAGUCAUUUUACCACACUCAGGAUUUCACUAUAACAGUGCUUUUACACCAUAUUGAAACCUCAGGUACAAAACUAUUCAGGAACAUGUUGUCAGUCUACUCAGUAAUAAUUAUUGUGCUGUGUUUGUUGUGCAUUUCUGAUCUGUAUUUGACAUUACCAGUAUGCCUUGACACAAAGACCUCAUGUAAACCUCAGUCAGCCUCAGUUUCUUAAUCUCUCAUUCUACCUCAGUAACACAAAAGGCAGAAGAUCUCCGACAAAGUUAUUCUCCACUCCCUCGGCAGUGACACUCAACGCUUACUGUAAACACACACACACACACAUACACACACACACACACACACACACACACACACACACACACACACACACACACACACACACACACAUACAUACACACAGGCAGGUUCAUGUGCAGAUAUAUACAACACAGACAGGCAAAGGGUUCUCAGACACACAGAUGUUAAGACUCCAGCAGAGGAUUUUACUAUCGGUGUACAAAAGAAAAAAAAAGGAAAAAAAAGCAUCAGUGUCAUUUCUUUAAGAAAAACUGUAUUUGUUAAAAGCUGAAGUGAGACUUUAUUUGUUCUCCUGGGAAAUAAAAUGCAGCCAAUAGUUUACAACAACUUGAUGAAAUACUUGCUUUUUAGGGUGUAGUUUCAUAUGAAAUACAUGUUUUGUCUUUUUUUUUGUUUGUUUGUUUGUUUUUUGGGUCUGAUACUCUUUCUCAUUUUUACUACAUCAUGUAUUUUCGGAUUCAUACACUGUAAAUUGUACGUGUGACACUCUUAAUUCAUGUGAUUAGAAAGGAAGGGCAGCAAGUAACCACACAGUGUUGAAAUACAUGACAGUUAUGGAAAACAACAAGAUGACAUAAACGCAGUAAACCUUGUAUAAAAAUGGCCAAAUUAAUUCUGGGUAACUGAUUCAUAUGUAGUUCUGCAUCAGUCACCCUGUCUUUGUUUGACCGAUUUUUUUAAGAGGACCCAAGUUGUACCUUCCUUUCUUAUUUGGUUAUUAAAAGCGAGGCUAUAACUUUUGUUGAAAGACGACCACUGUGGCCACAAUGUGACAGUAAAGGGUUAAUGCUAAAAUGUAGUGUAACAGUAGAAAAAGUAGAAAGUAGAUAAAGUCAGCUAAUAUUAGUCACCAUGAGUUACUGGUCAUACCAGAACGAGUGAGACUGUAACAGGAAAACCCCUGAUUGUAUUGACCUGAGGGUGUGUUUUAUUACUUAUUCGUUAAACGUUUCAUUCGUGGGUUUUCUCUCCAAAGUUACAGAGUCAUGCUUUAAAAGGUCAGCUCAUCCAAAUUACAAAAAUAAAACAGUAUCUUCUCACUAAUCUCUAGUGGUCUCCAGUCAUGCAGAUAGUUUUGGUUUCAUUUGGUCAGGCUUUAAGAUAUCUUUGUCUCAGACUUUACUGCAAAAAUAAUUCAUGUGGUUCAACUUAUAAACUAAAGCUCAGUUGCUGCCUUAAAAACUUGAAGAUGAUUCAACUCAAAAAGUUAAGUUGUUUACUAUUGAUCAUUGUUAUUGAAACUAAAUACUCUGAGUUAACGUUACAUGACCCAUUCAAAGAAAUUAGCUUUAUCUUGACAAAGAUAAAAUUCCACAAUAUUUCAACUCACAGUUUCAAGUCAAGAUAACUUCAUACCAAUGGUCACUUCAAGUUUACUCCUGUUUUUAAGGAAGGAAUUGAACUUAAGUUUGCUAAUUAAGGGGACUAAUGUUUUUAUCUUGACUAGUAAUGGCAUGUUUGCUUGUCUCAAAACAAUGGAAACAAAUGGAAAUUUGUUUGUGGUGUUGAAAAAAAGAAACAAAAGUAUCUGCGUGAUUAGACACCACUAGAGAACUAGAGGUUAAGUGUAAACUUUUUAUGUAAUUUGGGAGAACCCACACUUUAAGGUUAACUAAUUUUUAAAAGUAGUCUAUUUUAUCUGUAAUGAAUCAGUAAUAAUUUUGCAUUUAUUCACAAUUUAGCGAUUUAACAACUAGUCAUAUAGAGUAAUACUGGUUUUCUGGAGGGAUGUUUCUAUAGAUUACCAAAUUGUUUUGUUUUAAAAUCAAGAGGUUUCCAGCCUCUCGUCUGUUUUUUUUUUUUUUUUUUUUUUUUUACAGAAAUGUUUUUGCAACUUUGUUGGUCAGGAUUUCAGCACUUAAACUGAAAGACAAACGCAAAUACUUCCUAAGAUUCUGUCCCUGUGUCAUCAUGCAAGGUAGACCUGUAUCCAGCAUGAACUACAUAUCACUUACUAGUUGUUUAUUACAUGACUUGAAUAUCACCCAUCAUUUACUGUAUAUAUAUAUCAAGUGUUUCUUCACUAAAUCUAGCUUAUUUUAUCACUGAUGAUAUGUUGUAUCCCAAUAAUUUUAUGUAUUUCAGCAUUGUUUACUAAAUUGCUGCCAGAAGAGCUCAAUUCAUUUUACAGACAUGUAUGUUCUCUUGUUCAACUGCAUUGACUUUACGUUUUUUUUGUUUUUUUGUUUUUUGCCCUCUGGACUACCUCUGAAAACAAAACGAGCCUGGGUCAUCUCUGACGACAUUGUUUUUAUUGUUUCUGGGUCAGUUGUACCUGAAAUUGUCCGUCAGACCUGCAGGCGAUGUGGAUGAAAUCUUGAACUAACUGUCAAACUAGUACUGUCGUAGUCCACUCAUCUCAUCUCACUACAUUCAUAUCACCAUAAGUGAAUGGAAGUCAGCCUGAAGGGUGCCUGUUAAUUUAACUACAGCUGAGUCAAUGUUUGUUAUUUUACACAAGCUGUGUCUGGAUAUUUACUCUCUAUAUGGGGACAACGUUUUUAUGUGAUCUUACUGAUAGUGAUAUAGUUACAUACAGUACUUGAUCCAUUUUCAACUAUUGAAAAGUUGAAGUGUAACUUGAGAAAUCAUAUUGUAUGCCUUACUUUUAACACCAUUUUGUAGUUAUAUUAUUGAUGUGUCCUCAUCCACUUCAUUAAUAGAACUCACAAACCUGUGAUAUAUAUUUUGUUAUGAUUCUUUACCAUGUGAUUUAUGUUAUUCUGCUUCUUUUAUCGCUUAUCAAUAAAAUAUCACACCUA